CAGCGAUUUUCUUCUCUCCGCGCCCCUCUCUCUGUCUACGCAUUUCCGUUUUUUCUUUCCUCCCCUUUCUCUCUCUUCCCACCCCCCAGCCGUCGGCGGAAGGAAAAAGAAAGGCACGGCUAGGGUUUAGCCGCCGCCCCCGCUUAGCCUUGCCUCCCUCCCCGCAGCCGCCAGGGUUUUACCUCCCUCCGUCCCUUUACCGAGGCGCCGGGCGAUGGCGGCGAUGGACGCGGAGACGCUCGACGACGUGAUCCGGCGGCUCCUGGAGGCGCGCGGCGGCCGCACGGCGCGCCCCGCGCAGCUCUCCGACGCGGAGAUCCGCCGGCUCUGCGCCGCCGCCAGGGAGGUCUUCCUCGGCCAGCCCAACCUCCUCGAGCUCGAGGCCCCCAUCAAAGUCUGCGGGGACAUCCAUGGACAAUAUACUGAUCUUCUUCGAUUAUUUGAGUAUGGUGGCUUCCCACCGGAGGCAAAUUAUCUGUUUCUGGGAGACUAUGUUGAUCGUGGCAAACAGAGUAUUGAAACAAUAUGCCUUCUACUUGCUUACAAGAUAAAGUACCCGGAGAACUUCUUUCUCCUUAGGGGAAACCAUGAAUGUGCGUCGAUCAAUCGAAUUUAUGGAUUCUUUGAUGAAUGCAAGAGGAGGUUUAACGUUCGUCUCUGGAAGGUUUUUACUGAUUGUUUUAACUGUCUCCCUGUGGCUGCUCUUAUUGAUGAUAAGAUCCUGUGCAUGCAUGGGGGUUUAUCACCUGAGUUAAAGAAUAUGGACCAGAUACGCAACAUUGCCCGUCCUGUGGAUGUUCCGGACCAUGGUCUCCUCUGUGAUCUGCUGUGGUCAGACCCAGACAAGGAAAUUGAUGGCUGGGGUGAGAAUGACAGGGGUGUGUCUUACACAUUCGGAGCUGAUAAGGUUGCGGAGUUCCUUGAGAAACAUGAUCUCGAUUUGGUCUGCAGAGCCCACCAGGUGGUGGAGGAUGGGUAUGAAUUCUUUGCUAAGCGCCAGCUUGUAACCAUAUUCUCGGCACCCAACUACUGUGGCGAGUUUGACAAUGCUGGUGCUAUGAUGAGCAUAGACGAUUCCUUAACAUGCUCAUUCCAAAUUCUUAAGCCUUCUGAUAAGAAAGGAAAAGCUGGAGCUGGCAACAUGUCAAAACCUGGAACGCCUCCUAGGAAGAUAAAGAUUAAUAUUAUUUAGUCAGAUUCUGUCCGAUAUGAACUGAGUGAUUGUGAUGGAGCACCCCCAAACUUGUUAUGGUGAGAUUUUAAGGUGCACUGAACAUCAUGUCGAAAUGGCAAACUGCGUGCCUUUGUCUUUCACGGUCUGAUGCAGAUCUGUCCUGCCAUUCUGAAAACUUCGUACUUCGGAUCAGAAAACCAUAACUGGUUAGCUCUUUUUAUGUGGAUUUUUUAUUCGCUCUUACUCCUGCACAAGUCAAAAUGUUCGUGCAAAGUGAGGUAUCGGGAACAUGAUCAUGCGGUGGAGAUCGCUGGUCUUAAAUGUAGAUUUAUGUUUUGUAUGCUGUUUUAUCUGUAAAGCUUGCCUUUGAAGAUUAUACUGACCAGCUUUAGUGGAUGGCUUUCACUGAUGCUGAUGGUAGAGAAUGACUGGUAUUUAUGCCCAAAUUGCUGGCAGUUUUUUCCUUGUGGUAGGACAACGCUUUUGUGUUGCUGUUUUAAACAGUUUUAGGUUUGCCACAUUAUGUGAUGUUUUUUAUGGUUCA